CCGGAUCAGCCCGGUCCAAAGAUCAUGGAGCUCCGCUCAGUCUAGCUCAGCCCCGCCCGGACCGGACCAGAUCAGAUCAGAUCAGCUAGGAUCGGCUCGGCUCGGCUUAGCCCGGUACCGCUGCUGUCAGUGGAGCAUCACCUCAACUGGAAUGGCCCGAGGCCUGGCCACAUCUCCUUCAAAGGACCAAGACAGGAACGUGCUUGUAGAGCUGUGCUGUUGUACUAUUGGAGCAAUAGCAUCAAUACCAUUCAGGCAAUGGGGAACACCAGCAGUGAUCGUGUGGGAGCAGAUCGCCAUGGAGGCCACAAGACCCAGCGUGCUGACAACAUAGGAAUAUCUCAGUCGUCAAAGGAGAAUGAACGGCCGAAGAUUAUGGUGGAUAGCUCAGAUGAUCCCAACAUCUUUCAUACACAGGACUCCAAGACUCUCACUGAUAAGGAAAUUACAUCCUGGCAAUCUGAUGUGGAUGAGUCUGUAAAGUUUUCUAAGCAAGCUCGUCCCACUGUCAUCCGUUGGAAUGGUGGAGGAAAAGAUAUACUAAUUUCUGGAUCCUUCAACAAUUGGCAAACCAAGAUUCCGCUUAUAAAAAGCCAUAAUGACUUUGUUGCUAUCCUGGACCUGCCUGAAGGAGAACACCAAUAUAAGUUCUUUGUAGAUGGGCAGUGGGUUCAUGAUAUGUCAGAGCCGGUGGUAACCAGCCAGCUUGGAACAAUUAAUAAUGUAAUUCAGGUGAAGAAAUCUGACUUUGAGGUAUUUGAUGCCCUUAAACUGGACUCGCUAGAGUGUUCUGAUACCUCAGAUUUGUCAAGCUCCCCUCCUGGACCAUACCAUCAGGAGAUGUAUGAGUUAAGGCCUGAAGAACGCUUUAAGGCACCUCCUAUUUUACCUCCUCAUCUGCUCCAAGUCAUUCUGAACAAGGACACACACAUUUCAUGUGAUCCUGCUUUACUCCCUGAACCAAACCACGUCAUGCUGAAUCAUCUCUAUGCACUUUCUAUAAAAGAUGGAGUGAUGGUUCUCAGUGCUACACAUCGGUAUAAGAAGAAAUAUGUUACUACUUUAUUGUAUAAGCCAAUCUGAUCUUUUAUAUCUGUAACCAGCAUGCCAGAAUGGUAAACACAUGCCCAUGAUAGUUGGCUAUUCAGUGAUGGAGCUUCAUUAGGACUUUAGCAGUUGUGUUGGUUGCCUUCUACAUAAUCGCUACAAGCACUUUACCAGAUUGAGGUACAAGUUCAGCACUGAAUGUUAUUGCAUUAAUUGUGACAAUGCAGUUUGUCAAUGUAGAUUGCAUUUUUGGAAAUGACGAGACCAUCUCAGUCAUGAUGAGCUGUUACACCAGGAAAAGUUUACAGUUGGAGUUUAAAAGAUUUUAUAUUUAAAUACCUUAAAAUAGAUUUGGUAUUUAAUAAAUAUUGCAUUUUACUUGAAGAUGUUAUCCAGUCCAUUUUAAUAAACCUAAUUGUUUUAGUUUGGUUUGGAUUGGAUUCUCUUCAUGUUUUCUAUGUGUAAGGAAAUUCUGCUUUGAGUUGUUUUUAACACACAGAUUCCGCUUUAUAUCUGUGUGCCUACUCAUUUGAUGUAGAUUUACAAAUAUGAAUGUUUCCAGAAGGGACAUGUUAUUUAUUGUCUUGGUUCACAAGUUGUGAAGUAACGAUCUCCUCUGAACUGGCAAAUAUAUUUGCAAUAUUGUUAACAAACCAACAAAAACAAUAAUUUGCAGUCUGUGUCGUUAGUUAAAAUAUUAUAAGAUACUUAGAUCAAGAACUUGUUUGCAGGUAGAUGUGGUUUAUUUUGUCGUUAAUUGAGGAGAGUUACAGACCACGAGGGCUUAGACCUGUGAAAUGGGCAGAUACUAACACAGAAGUGAUGCAUUUUGAUGGUAGAGCCAAUGAAAAACAGUGAAAGAACAGAGCUGAGGCUUAUUACAUAAAUGUUUUAAUGUGAUAGAAUUUCUGAGACCUGUUUUAAUUUAAUUUAAAGUAUAUGGGAUACGGUGUUUAUAUAGAAGGCACAGAGUUCAAAACCAAAUAAAUGAAUGUAUGUUGAAACAUCGAUUGAGCCUCAUCUGGUAGCAUGUUCAUUCUGGGCAGCAAACUAGAAAAGAUAUUCUAGGGAUUAAGAGAAGGUAUGGAAGAAAUUUACCAGUGAAUGGGAGACUUCAGAUCCUUUAAAAGAAUGGGGAAUCAGGGGCUGAAGUGUUGUCGGAGCACAGACGAUUAGAUCUGGACAUGAAAAAUCAUGAAUAGAUUUAAUGAAGUAAAGGAAAACUAUGUUCAGUGACGUGGCAGAUGAAUUGGUAAGCAUGGGGAACAGGUUCAAGGCAAUAAAAAUUUGAAGUGAUGUGUGGAAAUAUUUCUUUUUAUUGAGCGGUUGUAAUGGAAGCAGGUUCAAUAGUAACUUUUUAAAAGGGAAUAAAUUAUUGGGGUAAAAGGAAAGGGGCUGGGAUUCAAAGGAUAGCUCUCUCAAAGGGCAGGCAGGGAGUGACCUGCUGAAUGGCAUCAUAAUGUGCAAUGACUGUAAUGUUGAAAUGUCUAUAAUAUUUACCAAAGGUAGUUCACCACUUUGCUUGUGUGACCUGAUGUUGAGUUGUGAGAAAGAGCAGCUGAGGGAAUAGAAGAAAAUCAUGUAUACAGAACAUGACUAAGGUCAGUGGGGAGCAUUGGAACGAAUUUUCUUUAUAUUUUGGAAGUUCCUCAGGCCAUACUGAUUGGAUUUUGAUGCUGUUUACAGUAAAAGUAGCAACAUAGACCUACUGCUUCUAAUUUACUUUUGUAGAAAUGCCAGCAGUCAUUCUUGUUUAGAAUGCAGAAGCUACUGAAAGACAUUUAAUAUUAAUCAUCACUUAAACUAAACCUAAAGUCUAAGUGGACAUAGCUGAAAGAACUUCCUUGUUUGAACAUUGUAAAUGUUACGAUCAGAGUAUGGCGUUCUUCUACAACUGAUGAAUUAACUAAAAUUUGGUUUGACUUGACAAAUGGCAGCCAGUGUACAAGCAUUUUUGUAAACCACUGCCAUAUUCUAACAGGAGGAAUGGAGCACUAGUGCUGAAGUACAAGGCAAAUUUAUGCAUUUGAUACUUCUGGCAUAUUAUGCAAAAAAAAUAAAUCCUACAACUAUUCCUCCUUUGACAGCAGUUUCCUUAUUGUUUCAAAGUGGCAUUCCAGGGAAGACACAGUAAAAUGAUUUUCUUCAGCCUGUGUGAGUACUUUGUGCAAUACAGAAGCCUUAUAUUGAUGAUCUGCACAAUUUUAUGAUUGGAUGCCAAAUGUUUUCUCCCUUUUGACCUCUGCUGAGUAGAAAAAGGGUAUAGGUUUACAUGUUUGUGAAAUAGCAUGAAUAUUUAUUCAUUUAUAGAGACUAUUGAAGUGUGAAGUUUUUAAUGUAUACAUGUGUGUAUUAUGAGAUUUUAAUACAAAUAAAAUAUCUCAGCCGAUUGAAAA